CUGCUUACUGCCAGAGAUGGAAACACCCUCAGUUCUCCUUCUGUGCAUCUUGGUGACAUGCUCAGUCUGGGCAGUCCAAGGGAGAAGCGUUGAGGUCAGCAUCGAUGAUGAGGAGCGAGUGGAAAUCUCCGUGGAGGCUCGUGCGCUUCCAGGAAUGUGCUGGGGGUGCAAAUGGGCUUUAAACAGGGUGAAGAAAAUCAUUGGACAGAAUGCCACUGCAGAGAAGCUGAAGUCAAAGCUAAAUACCGUCUGCAACGAAAUUGGACUCCUGAAAGCUGCAUGCCGCAAAUUUGUGAAAACGCACCUUGGAGAACUAAUUGAGGAACUCACUACCACGGAUGAUGUGAGGACAAUCUGCGUCAACACAGGAGCCUGCAAGCCAAAGGAGCUGAUGGAGCUGCUCUUCUAUCCAAACAAUGAAGGAUCAAGAAAUGAGAUCAUUGAAUUCUUCUGAUGCCACCGCAUUUUAUUUGUGAGAAAGGAAUAAUCUAAAAAGAAGCUGAGUAACUGGGCAAAAAAUAUAAAAAAAUGAAAUUGUUAUCUGCUAUCUUGGCUUUCUUAUCCUGCUGUAUUAAUGCACUUUUUCUGUACUUCAGUCUGUAUUGUUUUCCAUUUCUUUACUUGUGCUGAUAAAAAUAAAUUUAUAAAUAAACUUUUGAGAGAGUUUA